AUGCCGGAACUUAAAUCGACGACAAACUCUCUCUCGCCUUCCAGACUCCCGCACACCUUCGUAUCCUUCCAAGUCAAAAUGGGGGUGUUCACGCCGCGCGCCCUAUGCCUCCUCCUGGCCACUGUCGCCGCAACUACAGGCAGUCCCUUCGGUGCACUGGGCAGCACGGUGUCCCCGAGUGGCAAGGAAUACUUCGACUUCGAGAAGGUCCAGCUCCAGCCUACCGAUCUGCAGCGUCUGGGUGAUUCCGAGGCAGCCCUAUUCGACUUCGAUUCGUUGGAUGGUCACAAUGCCAAUGCCCCCCGGUCGCAGGCCUCCUGCAAGGUUUAUCCAGGAGACGAGUCUUGGCCAGACGACGCCAAAUGGGCCUCGCUGAACAAGACAACUGGAGGGUCUCUGAUCAGGGCUGUUCCUCGCGCAUCAACAUGCUACAGUGGCUCCGGGCAUGAUGCUGCUGACUGCCAAUACCUGACCUCGCAAUGGACCAAUUCGCAUUUCCAUCUCCCCGACCCUAUUGAAAUGUUGUCCCCUGUAUACCAGGGCCUCACGUGCCAGCCCACCAACGACACUGACGCAAAAUGCACCAUGGGUGGUUACCCUCUUUACGUUAUCAAUGCCACCAAUGUUGCCCAGGUCCAGCUGGGCAUUAAUUUCGCACGCGAGACGGGCAUCCGCUUGGUCGUCAAGAACACGGGUCACGACUUCUCAGGCAAGUCCGGUGGCGGUGGUUCCCUGAGUAUCUGGACACAUAACCUCAAAGACGCCAAGUACAUUGAAAACUACAAGGCUGAAGGGACGGAGUGGACUGGGGCAGCUUUUAAAUUGGGAUCCGGGGUUCAGGCGUAUGAGAUCUAUAAGACCGCGGCGGAGCACGGUUUGAUGGUUGUGGGGGGUGAAGGCCAGACUGUCGGUGUAAUGGGUGGCUAUAUUCUUGGCGGAGGCCACUCCCCACUGAGCUCCAUCUACGGCAUGGGCGCGGACCAGGCGCUCUCAAUGGAAGUUGUUACUCCAGACGGAAGAUUCCUGACGGCGUCGUUCGUCGAGAACCAAGAGUUGUUCUGGGCAUUGCGCGGUGGAGGUGGCGCCACCUUCGGAGUCGUCACAUCCGUCACUGUCAAGGCAUACCCGACAAUCCCUGCGACAACAUCAACAUUCACCUUCUCUACCGGCGACGAUAUCUCGUAUGACAGCUUCUGGGCGGGCUUCAGAGCCUACCUUGAUUAUUUCAUCCCCCACUCCGACGCAGGCAUCUACUCGUACUUCUUCAUUACGCCGACGGCAGAUGGCGGAUUCAAUUUCCUCAUGCAACCCUUCUUUGCUCCUAACAAGACCCUCGAAGAGACUAAUGCCCUUCUCGAGCCCUGGUUCAAACAAUUGAAGGAAUUGGGCAUCGAAUUUACCCCGAAAACAACCCACUACGAUAACUACUACGACGCAUGGCUAGACUCUUUCCCCCUCGAGACCGUAGAGAAGACAGCAGUCGGAACAUCCUCCCGUCUCUUCCCACGAGAAAACUGGCAGGACGAGUCCCUUCUAAACCGGACUUUCGAUGCCAUCAAGGCAUCAUCCGACGCAGGCCUCACCCUCAUCGCCUUCAACAUGGCCCCGACUCUCGAAAACGGCGGAAACCCCGAUAACGCAGUUAAUCCCGCGUGGCGAAAGGCCGUCAUGCAUGCUAUUUCCAGCGUCAACUGGGCUGAGGAUGCCACCGUAGACGAAAUCAAGACAGCGCGCCACGAGUUCACUUACAAGCACAUGCAACGUUGGCGGGACGCCAGUCCUGGCUCCGGUGCCUACCUGUCCGAGUCGGAUCGGAUGGAGCCGGAUUUCCAGCAGGCGUUCUAUGGGUCGAGUUAUGACCGUCUCCUGGCCCUGAAGAAGAAGCUCGAUCCGAAGAAUGUGUUUUAUGCGGUCACGGCGGUUGGCAGUGAGUUCUGGCGGGUUAUCACUGAGAAUGGGCUUCCUGCGGAGAAUGGCAAGCUUUGCCGGGUUGACUAA